AUGACCGAAGAAAACUACGCACACUUUGUGCACCUAGGUGGAACCCCUCGUGAAGUUGCCAUGAAGGUGGUGCAAACUCAGAGGGAAGACAACGCCUUCUAUGUGUGUGACCUGCGUGAAUUGAAAAACAGAGUGCGCCUUUGGCGGCAGCAAGUGCCACGCGUGGUGCCUUUUUUCGCAAUAAAAGCUUGCACAGAUCCCGUCGUCAUACAAACUUUGGCCUGCGAAGGAGUGAACUUUGAUUGUUCAAAUAAGUGGGAAAUCGAGACGGUCGUCAACAGUGGUAUUGACUCAUCUCGCAUCAUUUACGCCAACACAGCCAAGCAGUCAUCGCAUCUCGAGUUUGCCAAGGACAUUGGGGUAACAUUGAUGACCUUCGACUGUGCCGAAGAAUUGGAGAAGAUUUCGGACAAGAAUUGCAGGCUAUUAUUAAGAGUCACGGCUCAGGGAGGCGUAAUCGAAGAAAAGAUGGCGGCGAAGUAUGGGUGUUCGUCGGAACAAGCGGAGCCUUUGCUUCUCGCCGCCAGCAAUUUAGGCCAUUCGGUUGUCGGCGUAGCAUUUCACGUGGGUGCAAUUCAUUACUGUCCAGAAAGUUUUACUUACGCAAUCGCUCAAGCUCGAGCUGUUUUCGACGUUGCUAAGCGACUGGGAAUAGAGAUGAGCGUUCUUGAUAUCGGUGGAGGAUUUCCGGGUGGCAUCCGGAAUUUGAAGUCCUUCGAGGAGGUGUGCAAAGCGGUGAGAUGUGCACUAGACUUGCACUUCCCCGAGUCAAGCGGCGUAACGAUCAUCGCUGAGCCAGGCCAGUACUUCGUGACGGCGCCCUACAUUCUGGUGGCCAAAGUGGUCGCCAAACGGACUCGGCAAACUAGCAUUCGUGGAGCCCUUUGUUAUCACCACGACGUCUAUUUGAACGCAAGUAAAGAGAACUGCAUUCCACGAGACAUGUACUCCUUCCUGGACAUCACUUUCCAGCCGCUCGGCCCACCGCACGACCGCCCGCGCACGCACUUGACGACGCUGUGGGGCGCCACGUGCCACCCUUUGGACGUGAUGGAGGAGAGUGUGCCUUUCUUCGAGGUUUCGGUCGACGAGUGGCUGGUCGUGGACAACGUGGGUGCCUACGGAAUGGUCAAGGCGAGUGGCUUCAACGGUAUCGGCUUCCCGCCGGUGCACUACAUAACCUCCGCGGAGGAGGCGCCACGCAUUGCUGAGCUGCUCGAAGCCUCUCCGUUCACGCCCGGCUACAGCCAGCUCAUGCAGGCUGCGAAAACCGUCGGUUAAUCUGGAAUAAACCGAGAAAUAGAAGUUCGUUCGUCGUGAGAAAAGAAACA